AACAGGGCGACCAGCCACUGUGCGGCGCUGGAUUUCUGCUCCCUGUCUAUCUCUCAUGUUGUACAUGUGAAGCGGCUGCUGCAUCAGAGAGCGCUAUAUUGUACAGAUCACCCCUGCUGCGGUGUAACUACCCGUUCCUGAGUACAGAGUUUUAGCAGAGGAAGAGGGCACCAAGCUGCUGCUACUGUCUGGGCCAUAAUCCCACUGCAAUACACGGGGCAGCUGAAGGAUCUAAGCUCUAGUUCUGGGAGUUGCCCUCUACAUCGACCAGUUAUACAGGAGCAACUGGUAUCAAGUCCAAGGACUGAGAAGGGAGAUUGGCACUAAGGGCACCGACUGCUGGACUUCGCCAGUUCAGGGGGGUCCCGCGCAGGAAAGGAAAAAGACAGCGCACACUAGCUGCUUAGCGAGAGUAAUGCGGACUGAGAACCCGAGCCAGCGCUAACCCACUAAUCCUGCACCGUGUCUCCCACCUCAGCGACUCGGUCCAUGUUGAGCUCCCCACCAGCCCACUAAAUAGUGACUUUCUAUGGCAUCUUAUGGCAGCCCCUCUGGCAUUUGCCAGAACCCACAGAUUGCCAGUCCGGGCCUGGGUACAACCAUUGAAUCUCUGGCCGCCACCAACAUGUGCGCCAAAUACGAUGAGAGCGCUGGCGGCAGGGUGUCGGUGACAGAGAGCAGAGGGGAAGAGGAGCAGAGCCCGGAUGAUGACAGCGAUGGGUGCUACGAGCUGGUGCUAAGAUCGGCUGAGCACAUGGCCUCCCAAGCAGGAAUGAAGCUGGAUGCCCCAUGCGCUACCGGAGGAGGCAAGAAGUCCAAGGAGCAGAGGACUCUCCGGCUCAACAUCAACGGCCGGGAGAGGAGGCGAAUGCACGACCUGAAUGAUGCUCUGGACGAGCUCCGCUUGGUGAUUCCCUACGUGCACAGCCCCUCGGUCCACAAGCUCUCCAAGAUAGCCAUCCUGCUCCUGGCCAAGAACUACAUCCUCAUGCAAGCCCAGGCACUCGAGGAGAUGAGGCGGCUCAUGGCUUAUCUCAACCAAGGCCAGGCCAUCUCCCUGGCGCCUCCAUCCCCAACUCUGCAGCUGCUGCUGUUGCGCCGCACCCUCACUCACGAUGUGCAGAGUCAGCUCAACGUGGACCGAGUCGCUGAGGUGGGAGACACGGUGCAGGAGACAGGCGCUACUGCUGCUGCUUAGUGUCCCUUGUUCCUCUUCACAUGCUGCUGUCAGUGAAUAGCCAGGGAGGAGAAAUCAAGUGCCGAAGAAUGAAUGGUCGCCCUGUCGCCUUUUCUGAAC